AUAUAAAAUAAUUUUAACUAAUUAUAAAAUAAGAAAAUUAAAUUGUUGUUCAAGAUCUAUGCAGACGAAAGGUUUGAUUUUUGUAUUAUCUCGAGCUUCUUCGUCAGUGGUUCUAGCAUGAGAAGGUCCACCUUCUCCCUCCUCUCCUCCAUCUCCAAGCUCACCAUUUCUCCUCGAUUUCUCCAUUCUCCGAGCUCGUCCCUUCUCCUUCCUCUUCUCCAUCACCACCACCACCACUACCACCACUCCUUCCAACCAUGCGAGUCACGUUCCAUUCAGGCAUUUUCACAAACAUCUUCCGUGCAUCACCAUAUCUUCGACUCCGCCACCUCAACGAAGCAACUCCUCGAGGCCUUCAACGCCAUGGAAACCACUUCGGAUGAGAAUGACAAGCGCCUUGGCCUCGCUUGUCUAGAAGUUGGUGAGCGCUUGCACUCUGAUAGCUCUGAAACCCCUGAGAAAGCCCUUACCUUUGCUGUCAGAGCGUUUAGGAUUUUGGAGAAAGAUGGUGGGGAUUCGCUGUCUCUUGCCAAAGCUCUGCUCUUAUUGGGGAAGAUUGGUUAUAGGAUGAAGAGAUUUGAUGAUAGUUUGAAGUCGCUGAACACUGCUGAGCAGGUGCUUGAUGGAAUGCCAAGCCGAGGUUGUGGUGAUUCUGGAGAUGCGCGAGUGCGUGUUGCAGUGCAGGCACAGAUUGCUGAUACAAAGAUACUUAUGGGGAGAAGAUAUGAGGCUUUGGUUAAUCUCAGAAGGGUUUUUGAGCUGAAAAGUUUGAUCUUUGCUGCUGGUUCCAGGGAAAUGGGUGAUUCUUAUAAGGAUUUGGCAGAGUUUUAUACUUCGGUGUUGGAGUUUCAAGAGGCUUUGCCACUUGCUCUGAAGGCCUUGGAUAUAUAUGAGGAGAGAUUGGGGUCUGAUUCUAUGGAGGUGAUUCAAGUUCGACGGCUUCUUGGAGUUGUUUAUACUAGUCUUGGGGAGAAUGAGGAAGCUUUGAAGCAAAAUGAGAUGGCAAGAAGUGUUUUGGAGGAUUUGCAUUUGAACGAGGAAUUGUUUUAUGUGGAGAUUGAGAAGGCAAAUAUGCAGAUUUCUCUUGGGAGGUUGGAUAAUGCCAUUGAUACACUUAAGGGGGUGAUUGCACAAGCAGAGAAGGAGAGUGACAUUCGGGCAGUGGUGUUUGUUUCGAUGGCAAAAGCAUUGUUCAACCAGGACAAGUUUGGAGAUUCAAAGAGGUGUUUGGAGAUUGCUUGUGGGAUUCUUGAUAAGAAAAAAUUAGUCUCACCUGACAAGGUUGCAGAGACAUAUGCAGAGACAUCGUUGUUGUAUGAGGCCAUGAAUGACUUUGAAAUUGCUAUGUCUUUGAUGAAGCGGACGUUGGCAAUAAUUGAGAAGCUCCCACAACAACUGCAUUUGGCUGGGAGUAUCUCAGCAAGGCUGGGGUGGUUGCUUCUCUUGACAAGGAGAGUCUCUGAUGCUGUUCCUUUGCUUGAGGCUGCAGUUGAGCAGCUGAAGGGGAGCUUUGGGCCAAUGCAUUUUGGAUUGGGAUUUGUAUAUAAGCAUUUGGGGCAGACAUAUUUGGAAAUGAAUCAGCCACAGGAAGCAUUAAGAAUGCUGCUCCUUGGGAAGAAAAUAAUAGAGAAAACUUUUGGCGAAGACCACGAGGAUUCUAUAGAUACAUGCCAGUGCAUUGCUAAUUCUUAUGGGGCAAUGGAAAGUUAUGCCCUCGCAUUAGAGUUCCAAAAGCAUGUUAUUGACUCAUGGGAAAGACAUGGGCCUAAUGCAAGUGAUGAGUUAAGAGAAGCUCAUCGUCUGCUUGAGCAGUUAAAGAAGAAGGCACAAGGAUCUCCGUCUGCUGUUUUUCCUGCAAACACAUUGCCACUGUCACGGCAUAAUUGAUCUGGCUGCAGAAGUCAUACAAAAUGGUCAUCAAGAUUCCAACAAAGUUUGUAAAGAGCUGGUGAUGAACUUUGCCUUAAACCUGUUGUUCAAUGUUUCUCAAACUCAUCAAGUAUGCAGGAAUUUAACUAUUCCUGGUGUUCCCAAGAGAGGUCAGCACUCUGUACACAUUAGUAUAUACAUUGCAUAUCCUGCCAGCGCAUCUA